GAAAUUCUCGCCAUUCCAUGGGUGAGCAAAGCAGUGGUUCUCUGACAGCAAAGAGGCGUUGGGUACACAGUUCAGAGGAUCGUCAAAAUGUUGCAGAAGAGAUCUGCAACACCAUUCUGGGACACACCAGGGAGCGCUUCUCCUUCACCGACCAUCUUGUCUGUGCAACCUUGCUGCAGGGGGACAGGUUUGAGGACCAUCAGGGGGCAUUUCCUGAAGAGACACUACAAAGCACGCUGAAGGCCUACAAAAUGCUGAAUGGAAGCAAACUGAAGACAGAGCUCAGUCUCAUCUACAGCAAAGUAGAGUUCAGAGCCUGUUGUGGUGCAGUGGACCUGUUCCAGCUGUUCAUGGAAAACAAUCUUGAAGAUGUCUUUUCAGAAACUGUCACUCUCUUAAAGAUCCUCAUCACCACACCCAUGACCACAGCUGAAGCAGAGAGGUGCUUCUCAACCUUGAAAAGAGUGAAAACCUUCCUCAGAAACACCAUGACCCAGGAGAGGCUGAGUGCACUGGCCAUGCUCUCCAUGGAAAAGAGACUUGUUUGUGAAAUGACAGAUUUCAAUCAGAAAGUCUUUGAACAAUUUGCUGGCCUGAUGGAGAGGAGAGCAAAAUUUAUGUUCAAGUAGUUUAUUGUUGUGUUGUAAUCCCCGCCCGCCAGUGCGCCCCCCCAGAUUUUUUUAGCACCAGCCG